GGCAGACGGUGAGGGCGGCUGGGCGCGCUCGGAGCUGCUGUCGGGGGCUGCCAGGAAGGGAUGCGCGCCAGCCCGGACGGCAUCGCCCAACGCUCGGCUGCUGCUGUUGCUGCUUACCUUUAAGGCGGAGGGUGGGCGGACGGAGCGGGUGAAGCAGCCGGGAGAAGAAGGCAGCGAGAGCCCGCUCGGCCCCUUCCCUCGUUUCCCGGCGCCGUCCGGCUUCCUUGGCGCAGGAGCUCGAGGUCCUCCUGCCUGCUCGCCCGCCGCCUUCCAGCUCCAUGAGCCGCCAGCUGGAACCCCGCAGCCCCGCCGCGCUUCUCCACCCGCCGGCGGCCGCUCCCCGCUGCCGGAGCGCCCCUGCCAAGCGCCUGCUUUUGCACGACGCCGCCGCCGCCAGCGAGGAAGCUCCGGCCGCCGCCAAGUGCGCCCGCUUGGCCGUCGAUUACACCAGCUCGGUCCCUCAGGAUUGUCUCAGCGCGCCCGGGUCGCCUUGCGCUCCGGUCCCGCCGGCUCCAAUCGGCGAAGGUUCGCCUUCCAGCGCUCAGGGCCCCAGCUUGGUGGCCGGCUACCUUUUGUUGCCCUUGCUCGACCGGGAACACGUUUCGAGGGCGCUCGACAUCAACACCGGCCGGGAGCUGCGUUGCAAGGUCUUCCCUCUCAAACACUACCAGGACAAAAUCAGGCCUUACAUCCAGUUGCCAUCACACCGAAACAUCACUGGGAUUGUGGAGGUCAUCCUGGGAGACACAAAGGCGUACGUCUUUUUCGACAAGGACUUUGGCGACAUGCAUUCCUACGUUAGGAGCUGCAAGCGUCUCCCGGAGCAGGAAGCCGCCAGACUCUUCAAACAGAUUGUCUCUGCAGUCGCUCACUGCCACCAGUCAGCCAUUGUGCUGGGGGACCUCAAACUCAGGAAAUUUGUGUUUUCUAAUGAAGAAAGAAUGCAGCUGAGGCUCGAAAGCCUGGAAGAUACCCACAUCAUGAAAGGAGAGGACGAUGCAUUGUCAGAUAAACACGGCUGCCCGGCUUACGUCAGUCCAGAAAUCUUAAACACAAUGGGAACCUAUUCCGGGAAGUCGGCUGACGUUUGGAGCUUAGGAGUUAUGCUGUACACUCUCUUAGUGGGACGUUAUCCCUUUCAUGACUCGGAUCCUACUGCCCUCUUUUCCAAAAUCCGGCGUGGACAGUUCUGCAUCCCGGACCACGUCUCCCCCAAAGCACGGUGUCUCAUCCGCAGCCUCCUUAGGCGAGAACCCUCCGAAAGACUCACCGCUCCGGAAAUUUUGCUCCACCCUUGGUUCAACGCCGUUUUGGAAUCUGGGUAUGCCGACCAGGAUGUACGGCUCUCUGAUCAAGUGGUCCCGGAGCAACUGAAGGAGGACGAUGAUAUGAGCUUCUUCUUUUGCUAGUUCCAUCUACUACUCCCUUUGCCUCGGGGACGAGAGAUGUCACUCUUGCGUUCAGCGUUUUUGUGUCCAUUUUUGUGUCGGUGCGCACGUGUGUGUCCAUCUUGUAAAUGCAUCACUUUCCUGAAACCCUUCCCCUGGCUCAGGACGAUUGAGAUCUCAAAUGCACUUAUCCCACAGGUGGAAGACCUCUAUAUCUUCGGCCACAUCCACAGAAAUCUUGGCUUGCUACAUCUAUGGAUUCCCCUUUGCUUGUCUGGAGCCCUCCAUCCGGCGCAAGCAUUGCUGAACAUAUGAACUACAAUCUGGUGAAACUGCUUGCUAAUGUUGGAUUUCAUUGGAAAAUCAGAUUUGCUUUAGCUGGAAUUUGCGAUACGGCUUGGCCUCGACUUACAGCGGUCCAUUUAGCGACCGUUUAUAAAGUUACAACAGCAGCGGGAGGGCGGGGGAAUGUGCUAGGACCAGUUGUCCCACUUAACGAGCGUUGCAGCAUCCCCACGAUCACUUGAUCAAAAUUUGGGUGUGUGACACAACCAGCAUGCAUUUCUGAUGGUUGCAACAUCCUCAUGUUGGUCACCAUUUGUGAACUUCCCAGCCCAACAAAGUUAACGGGGGAAGCCGGGUUUGCUUAGCCACCGCCUGAUUCACUUAACAACCGCAGUGAUUCAUUUAACAAGCAGGUUGCAAAAUGGGGUGUGACUCACUUAAACAACGUGCUUGCUUAGCAGUGGGAAUUUUGGGUCUCGGUUGUGGUCCUAAGUUGAGGACCUCCUGUAUAAAUAUUGCAGGCUCUGUCGCUUCCCUUCUUCCCCUCCGCUUAAUAGAAAAGAGCUUUUGAGCUCCCUGAGCCUAUUCACAUCCACAUGGCCUGACUGUGCUGCCCAGUUUAGCCAUGGUAGAAGUGCCAGAGAAUUCUCCUGUCUCCCAUCCAUCAUGGAGAUGACAGGAUCACCAGCUGGCCUUCGAUUACAGAAUCUUUUUGUGCUGGUGAUGUAAGAGCGAAAUGCAGUUGUGAUUCUUACAAAGCUGGGCAGGACCAGGGGGUGAUCCCAGUGCUAGAAUGAUGGAUUGGCAUUUUUUUUUUUAAAAAUGGAGGUGUGGAAUAGGAGUCUGGCAACGAUUUCUAAUCGUCCUUUUCCCUUGCGUGGCUAUCGUAUCUUUCAGGGCGGAGUCCAGCUGUUGUUGGUUUUUGUUGGUUUCUUAGACCGCAGACAGUCCAACUUCAAGGGCAACAGGCUGUGUGUCCCGCUUCUUGUAAAACCUGUUGAUCUUAGAGGCUUUAGCCUUUUGAACAGCUGGAUUUACAGUUUGAAACCCAGCUUGGUUAAUCCAGAUUUAAGGCUGCCGCUUACCCUUUAAACCAGCGUUUCUCAACCUUGGCGACUUUAAGUCCUGUGGACUUCAACUCCCAGAAUUCCCCAGCCAGCUGUGCUCACUUUCUCGCUUAGCAAUGGAAAAAUUUGGGGCUCCGCUGUGGUCGUAAGGCAAGGAGCUGCCUGCCUUUGACGGGAAAGGUGGAACCAGCUUUCAACUUCUUCCGUGACUCAGCAGUCAAACAGUUGUGGGUGUGCACGUGACUUGACAAUAAUGCACUGUUUAUGUUGGUGUCUUUAAGCACAAGUGUUAGCCAAGGGAGGAUCUGUAUAUGCUUACAAAGGUGUCGUUCUCACCCUCUGACGUAGCCAGUAAAAUAGGCUUCCAGGAAAGAAAGAGAAAAAAACAUUUCUAUCCAGAGGUGGGCUGCACUUACCUUAACAACUGGUUCGCUGGUUGUGAGCAUGCGCACAUGCGCUUCGCUCUCACACCUUGCGCGCAUGCGUGCAACAUAAAAAACAAGGCUAAAUAGGACAG